CAGAACAUUAUCUUACUCCGCAUAACGAAUUUUCGCAUAGAAGCAGAUAUGUCUUCUCGGUUUACAUCGUCUUCUAUUGAACGUUACAACGAUUUCUCUCGGUUGAACCCUGCAAUAGUUGGAUGGCAUGUUCACGUUAAGGUUUUGCGUCGCUUCCACACCGAUGACUAUAUAUCAAAGGGUGGGCUAGGGUUACUUCUGGUUGAUGAUAAGGGUAAUCAGAUCGAAGCGCUUAUUUGUUCACCGUUGACUUCUCAUUAUUCAACGUUUAUUGAAGAAGAUGAAUUCUACACUAUUAUGAAUUUCAGAGUUGUGGAGAAUUCGGGAUUCACUAAACUAACAAGGAGCGACUUUAAGAUAAUGUUCUAUGAUGGUACUAUCGUUAAAGAAGCGUCUUCGUUUUCUCAAGAUGACUAUAUUGUCGCUACACCUUUUGGUGCUAUUUUCAAUGGAUAUCAUGAUACUUCUUAUCUCAUAACUUUGAUUGGGCGGAUCGUCGAGGCGAGUGAUCUUACGAACGUGACCGAUGAACCAUCUGUCAUAGGGGGAUACAGAUACUCAUUCACCAUUGAAGAUCAAGAGUACGAUUUCUUUCAUCGUUGGAAGAAGACCCUCAAGUGUUGUGCAUAUGGAGAAGUGGCGAUAGAGUGCCAUGAUCGGUUUAGAAAUGUGAUUGGUACGGAUGUUACGUGUGUUCUUCGCUGGUGGAAAGUUUAUCAACUCCUUGAUGGAUGGAGGCACGUUCGUAUCUACAGCCAUUCGCGAAAGUUUGUCAGAACUACUCCACAUAGAUUCAAGAUUCAGUUCUCUCCUGAUACAUGUGUCGAAUAUCUUAAUUACAUCGCUUGUGAUUAUGAUUACUUUAGCUUUGCGAGAUUUCGUGAUAUUCGUACGGGUAUAAGUAACCCGUAUAUCUGUGUAGAUUUGGUCGGGAGGGUCGAUAAUGUGAAUGACAUACAACUCGUGCAGAUGGUGGGCUCUUCGAAAGAUAUUUCUGUGGUUUAUUUUGACCUAAUUGAUACAAAGCAUACGCGUUUGAGUAUCAGACUGACCGGUGAAACCGCCGUUAGAUUUCAUAGACAGUGGAAAGUUAACACCGAUGAUGUCGUGGGAUCCGGAUGCGGUGAUGGGGUUCUUUCUCAAUUUCUGGAUGUUACAUCCGAUCCUUCGUGUCUCCCUGACGUCGAGGAAAACGUCAAAGAGUAUCUCGAUGAUGUGUCUGAUGCAGUUGAUCUUUCUUCUGUCCUGCAUGUCGAGGCCAGUGCUGCAGUUCUAUCGUUCGAUGAGUUCAAGGAUGUGCUUUCGGAUCUAGGUGCAUUGUCGGCCGAUAAAGACUACGUUUUGGCCGUACUUUACCUGCGUUUUGUCGCUGCUGGUAUGAAGCCAUACCCGUCUGACGGUCUUGAGUGUGAUGAGAUUUUAAUGAAUACCAAUGAAGAUACUCUUGAGUGUAUUAAUGAUAUUGUUAUCAGUAGUUGGCGUUUAUGUCCGGCGUAUCUACGCCUUCGUUUUGCUGAAUCGUUGAUACUCUAUACAAGCAUUAAUGUCCAGACAGUAUGGAACGCUUGCUAUCGAGUUUUGAGUGGUGAUGUGUUGGCUGAACAGAAGAUCGCGCGGUUGGAGUUAUCCGAUGUGCAAUUAGAGUGGUAUGGUUUUCGUGUUAUGCGUAAGGUGAUGGGUGAUCUUGGAUUCCAUCAUGCCGGUUUUGAAGGUGUGCGUCUUGGUAUAGUUCGCCGACUCUUAACUUACAAAUGUGAUGACAUGUCAAUGUGAUAUUGGCCUAGAUUUGUUAUCGUUGUCUUGGUUUUAUUUUUAUCGUUGUUAUAGUUUCGGUAUUUGUUUACUAUUCGACCUAAUACUAUCAAUAUAAUAGUGUCUUGGUG